AAAGUGGGAAUUUGGCGAGAUCAGUGUACUGCCGGUGAAAAGAGUUUCAUUCCCGACCACGCACCGAAUUACUGUGAAACACGCUUGUGGCGACUUAUUCACCUGAUUUAAUGGUGAAUAGGACUUAAUUAAGAGCUCGAAAGUCAACAAACCACGUCCGUAUGGCAAUUUCUAUGGCAUUUUAAGUGGAACAUCGAGUGAUUAAAACCACCCUAAAAUUUCUCAUUAUAUUCUCGGUGCUGCCAAUUUUGUGAAAGUCUUGGAAAAUUAUUCAAAUUGCACUGUGUGACGACGAAGGUGGAAAAUAAUUGUGUAUAGUGGACAUCUUUUCGCAACGCUCCUCUCAAGAUUGGAUUGUUUGUCAAGUGUUGCAAAGUGAGAGAGUUAAAAAAAAAUUCUAUGCGAUUUAUAUUUUCUGUCACUGUGCAAAAUUGUGUGUUGGUGUUCUGUUGAGAAAUGCCAUUGAAUCUAAAUAGAGUGGCAGGACGUAAGUGAGACAUUCCUGUGGAAGCAUGAGGACAUUGAGUGUGUUGUGUGAUUUGUGAGGCUCCUUCAGAUUAUGUAGGAGACUUUACUGGCAGAAAUGUGGCCCAAGAGAGGCCUCUACAGAGUUGCAAGAAGUCACCGACAGCUUGAGUUGCCGGUGACUUUGUGCAAUCUUGGUGUGGGUGCAACAUUUGGCGAAUCAGUUCUGCACGACCUGCCUCGAGACAGCACCGUCGUUACAAAGACUACGUGUGAGCUCCUGCGUGUCGAGCAGCAGGAUUUUCGCCUCAUCUGGGAGAAAAACAAGGAGCUGAUGACAGACAUCAUUACAAAUUGCAAAUUGAAAAAUGGUGUUUCUCCCGUUGUUCCCGCCGUUCAGACCAAACGACCACUCAGUCCUGACCAUCCUAAUCCUGCCUUGCCCAUCACUGAGUCACCCAGUCCAGCAAUGUUCCGAAUGGGAUGGGCUCUUCGCACACUGCUGGUGUCCGACACAUCCAGUUGCUUAAAAGACCGAAAGGUGUCUGGAAAAUUAGUUAGAAAAUGCGCUCCAGGUACAGAGCUUGUGGAGUGGCUAAUAAAUCUCUCGCCCAUUGUUCACACGCGCGUUCAAGCUGCUGGAAUGUGGCAAGCACUGCUCGAGGAAGGUGUCCUGGCACACGUGAAUAAGGAGCAACCGUUCAAGGAUAAGUGCUUCCUCUAUCGAUUUCGUGUGGACGAGGAUGGCACAAGUGGCGGCCCACCAACUACAGACGAUAUCAAUUCAGCAAAUGAUCACAUAAGGGAAGCACUCAGUGGUUUACUGCACAGAGGACCAGAUGCCACAUUACGCAUGAUACUGCGGAAGCCCUCGCAUGAACGCACUCAGGAGGAAUUGGAGCUGGUCUUCGAGGAACUCCUCCACAUUGCCGCCCUAUCGCAUCUCUCAACAUCCAUUAAACGAGAGCUCGCAUCGAUAAUCGUUUUUGAAUCUCAUCCGGCAGCUGGAACUGUCUUGUUCAAUCAGGGCGAUGAGGGCAGAUCUUGGUACAUUUUACUGAAGGGUUCUGUGGAUGUUGUGAUACACGGAAAAGGAACGGUGGCCACACUGAAGGAAGGCGAUGAUUUUGGGAAAUUAGCUCUUAUUAACGAUGCUCCGAGAGCUGCAACAAUAGUGCUGAAGCAAAAUAAUUGCCAUCUCCUGCGGGUGGAUAAGGAGCAUUUUAAUCGAAUUUUGCGGGACGUGGAGGCAAAUACACUGAGACUGCAGGAGCAUGGAAAAGAUGUGUUAAUAUUGGAGAGGGUGGCAAAGCAACGAGGACAUGCGGCAUAUAAGUACACGGUGAUGUCGGGGACGCCGCAGAAAAUGCUUGAACACCUCCUGGAGACCCGCCUUGGCGGUCAAGUGGGACCAAAUGAUCCGUUCCUGGACGACUUUCUCCUCACGCACAUUGUCUUUCUGCCAGUUCACAUGCUAGUCGACGAACUUGCCAAUCAUUAUCACAGUGAUUUAGAGAAUGAAGGCGACAAUUCACCGAGCGUGGAGGAUCGUGAGUAUUUGAUCACGUGCAAGCGGCGUGUGGUGCAGUUCGUGCACAAAUGGGUGAUUGCUGUGCGGAAUGUGGUGUUCGAGGAUCCCGUGGCUGUGGACUUUAUCGAGGAGUUGGCGAGCGAAGUGGAGUCAGAUCCGGAUCUGCAGGAGGAGGCGAGUGUGAUGCAUCACGUCCUAUCGCAAAUUGCCCGCUACCAGGAGGACAAGACACUGCACAAUGGGCAAAAGUGGAAAUUGCCACCCAAUGGGCAGCCCAUUUGUCUGUUCAGCGGCAAUCCAUCAGCCACGCGGACGCUCAUUCGCGCGGACGAUGACAUAAUCUUUCGGGUCUACUGUGCUGACCACACAUACUGCACGCUUCGCUUCCCAAUUGCCGCCACGGCGGAGAUGAUUAAGGCCUGUGCUUCUGAUAAAUUGCAGCUCAAUCGAGCGCCGGAUGAUUUGUACCUGGUGGAGGUGAAGUCCAACGGGGAGCGAUCAGUCUUUAAAGAUAACGACGUGAGUGUUCCCACGGCGCUCAGUCUCAACGGACGACUCUUCGUCUCGCCCAAGGACCAUCUCGACGCAAUGACACCCUUGCCGGAACAGGAGGCUGCCACCGAGGGUCUGGACAUAGAUAUUGAGGUUUUAAGCACCAAAGAAUUAGCAUAUCACAUGACACUCUUCGACUGGGAUCUCUUUUGGGCCGUUCAUGAAUAUGAAUUGCUGUAUCACACCUUUGGACGGCAUCAUUUUGGCAAAAUAACUGCUAAUUUAGAUGUCUUCAUCAGGAGAUUCAAUGAGAUUCAGUAUUGGAUUGUAACGGAAAUUGCUCACACUGUGAGUCUCAGCAAGAGAGUUUCCCUCCUGAGGAAGUUUAUCAAGUUGGCAGCUUACUGCAAGGAAUAUCAGAAUCUAAAUGCAUUCUUUGCCGUCGUCAUGGGUUUGUCAAACAAUGCAGUGUCACGACUCACUCAGACAUGGGACAAAAUCCCAUCCAAGUUUCGCAAGAUCUUCACGGAAUUCGAGGCUCUCAUUGAUCCCAGUCGAAAUCAUCGUGCUUACAGGAUGUUCGUGGGUAAAUUGCAACCGCCCUUGAUUCCCUUUAUGCCUUUGCUCCUUAAGGACAUGACGUUCGCGCACGAGGGCAACAAGACGAGUCUAGAUGGAUUGGUGAACUUCGAGAAGAUGCACAUGAUGGCCCAGACAAUGAGGACGAUUCGCUUCUGCCGAUCCCGCCACUUAGUUCUGGAUCCGCCAUCACCUAAAAGCGAAGGCGAAGUUCGUUCUUAUAUCAGUUGCUUCCGAACCAUUGACAAUCAGCGAGUGCUCUCGGCGAUGUCACACAAAUUGGAACAAUCCAGACGAACAUAAUGUGUCCCACCGAACAUUUCCAAGACGCGAAUUCCCUGUCUUGCGCUGCACAGAGAAAAAUUGCUCGCGAAUAUUAAUCAAAAUGUUUUUGACACUCACUUUCCGCAUCAGUUGACUAAUUCUUUAAAAGAUGGAAGAAAGUUUAUUCUAAAACAAUCACAACCACUCAGUUUUUUUUUACUCAGUUUGAUAACAAGGUUUCUUUCUCUCUCUCACUCUCUUUCUUAUCUUCAACGACAAUUUCUCUCUGUGCACAAAGUCUGCUCACAUUUUCUACCCACGUCUUUUUGCAACUUUUUCCAUUAAUAUUCCUCAUAUUGACUCUUCCAAUUUCACUAUGAAAAUCUACACACUUCAGAGUAUUUAAAAAUAUACAAUUUAUGCAUUAUAUUCUUCUAAAAAUGAAAAAAAACAACAACUUUAUAGAAGACACAUAUUUUUAUGG